UGGGCUACUAGAGAAGCUUAUUGAAGAGUGUUGUAGUGGGGAUGGAUCAAGUUUUAGUUUGAGACUUAAUGAUAUACCUGGUGGAGCCAAAGCCUUUGAGCUUGUGUGCAAAUUCUGCUAUGGUGUUAAAAUAGAACUCACAGCACAAAAUGUAGUCAGCAUUAGAUGUGCAGCAGUGUUCCUACAAAUGACUGAUGAUUAUGGAGAAGGAAAUCUUAUAACGCAGACAGAGUCUUUCCUUAAUGAAGUACUCGGCAAUUGGGCUGAUUCAAUUAGAGCUCUUGACGCAUGUGAAGAAGUUCUGCCAUAUGCUGAAGAGCUUCACAUUGUCUCAAGGUGCAUUGAUUCCUUGGCCACGAAGGCUUGUGCAGACCCAAGUUUAUUCAGCUGGCCUUUGCCAGGGCGAGAUACCAAGCAAAGUCCUGAAAAUACAGGCUUAUGGAAUGGAAUAUCAACUGCAACCAAGACACAACCUACAGGCGAAGAUUGGUGGUAUGAAGAUGUAUCAUUCCUUAGUUUACCACUGUAUAAAAGAUUGAUUUUAGCAAUUGAAUCAAGAGGCAUGAGGCCUGAGAGCAUUGCGGCAUCGGUGGCGCACUAUGCUAGGAGAUAUCUCCCCUUGAUGAAUAGACAAUCAAGCUUCAAUGAUGCAAUCCCUGGAACAAAUAUUUCAAACCCUUCUGAAGCAGAUCAAAGGGCUCUCUUGGAAGAGAUUGUAGGGUUACUUCCUAACAAGAAGGGAGUCACAUCCUCCAAGUUCCUGAUUAGACUCCUUCGUACAGCUAUGGUAUUGCAUGCAAGUCCAUCAUGCAGAGAAAAUUUGGAAAAGAGGGUGGGAACCCAGUUGGAUCAAGCUUCACUUGUGGACUUGCUCAUACCGAAUAUGGGUUACUCAGAGACACUUUACGAUAUUGACUGUGUUCAGAGGAUUCUUGAUCAUUUCAUGAUAGUAGAGCACGCUGCAGCUGUAGCAACUCCUCCUUGCAUAGUUGAGGAGGGGCAUUUAGCGAAUGGAUCCGAUUCAUUGACACCAAUGACAAUGGUGGCCAGUCUGAUUGAUGGAUUUUUAGCAGAAGUGGCAUCAGAUGUUAAUUUCAAGCUUCCCAAGUUUGAGACUCUUGCUGCCACCAUCCCUGAUUAUGCAAGACCACUUGAUGAUGGCCUCUAUCAUGCAAUUGAUGUGUACUUGAAGGCACAUUCUUGGAUUACGGACGUUGAAAGAGAGCAAAUCUGCAGACUAAUGAACUGUCAAAAGCUCUCAUUGGAAGCUAGCACACAUGCAGCCCAGAAUGAGAGGCUGCCUCUUCGAGUAAUCAUACAAGUCCUCUUCUUUGAACAACUACGACUUCGUACCUCAAUUUCUGGUUGGUUCUUUGACAAUCUUGAAAACUCACAAAAUCCUAGUGGAAACUUUGGACUCCUUAAAAAUAAAGGGUCUCAUCCAAUAGACUCUGCACAACAUCGUACUACAGGUGGCGAGGAUGAUGUGAAGCAUCGAGUUUCUGAGCUUGAAAAGGAUUGUUUGAGUAUGAAAGAGGAGCUCCAGAAACUAGCAAAGACAAAGAGAAGUUGGAGGAAUUUCACCAGAAGGUUAGGUUUCAAUAAGAAGUCACAUUCUUGCUGUUCAAAAGGAUCAAAAGGAUCAAAGCCUUCCAAUCUAAGAGCACCCCCAUCAUCUGUUGACAAACAACAAAACUAUGAAAAUAUUGAGAACUUUGAAGGUCAAUUAACAGGAAACUAGUUUUUCCCGGUAUUUUUAGCAUGUUACCUUUUGAUUCUUUUGUCUGUGGAUUAAAUAUUUUAUGUAUUACUUACAAAUUUGAUUGUAAUUUGAUUCAUUUAUUAUACUUAAACUCAUAGAGAAUUUUGCACGGGUACUGCCUAAACUCUAACUCAUGGACCAUUCAUUCUACUUAGUUAUAAACCUCCAAAUGUUGAGUACUGAGUAGGCUGCAAUAUUCUUGGCAUGGCCUUGUCCUUUUGGACCAUUUCUUACUCUUCCCUAGACCCUAAAAUAUGUAAUAAUGUCAGACAAGAUAAAGAUCAAUGAGUAAGUUCAUGUGCUUUUGCUUUGAAAAACAAAGAUCUCCAAGAACAUGAUGAAAUGUAAAAAUAUGAAGAUAAAUGACGAAAUUUAUACAAUUAGAGAUAAAGAAAGUAUAAUGUUGGCCAAAUGUGGCCGGACAAGCAAAGAUUUUUAUAACAAAAAAC